UAAGUGAAAAAUCGAAUUUAAGUGCUGUGUGUUAUUUUGUAAACAAUAAGUAGUGUUUUGACAACAAAAUGUCAAAAGUGAUGUUCUUAACUUAAGUAACUUUUUUGUUCAUUGUUAUAAACAUUUUUUUAAAAAUGAAUGAAUUAAAAGAAAACCCAGAUAGGAAAUGGGAACCGUUCCCCAAUCAGAAUCAAACAAUGUUAAGCCCACCUCGUAUGGCAAUUUCUAUAGAAAAUCAAAGGAUUACAGUUCCUCAAACACCUCAAGGAAUACCUGCACCGUCUGGCGCUAUGCAAGAACAUGAUUUACCACCAGAAUUACUACAACAAGGCUGGAGAAAGUUUUGGUCAAAGCGUGAAAAUCGCCCAUAUUUUUGGAAUAAAGUCACUGGAGAAUCUCUGUGGGAAACGCCAGCUUUAAAAAAUCAAUUCGAUCCAAUUACGGAUCCAUUAGGUAUAUCUGCUACACCAGGACCUGUAUCAUUAAAACGUCGUGCAUCUGAAGAUUGUGGACCGGCUGUUAAAAAGUUUGUGCUAUCAGGCCCAUGGGAUUUGGAAGUUAACACAAAUAUAAUUAUUUUUGAAAGACCUCACACUAUAUAUACACAUCCUCAUCCAGAAAUUGAAGCAUUUAGGUGCGGGCUGGCAUCAAAAUUAAGGCAGUGCUAUCAAGAAUUGUGUCAUAGUCGAGAGUCAAUCGACGCGCCAAAAGACUCUUUUAAUAGAUGGCUAAUGGAACGAAAGGUAAUUGAUUAUGGUAGUGAACCAUUCUUACCAAGUAGUUGCUAUCCAGAAAUAUCCAUGUCAAUGUAUCGUGAAAUAAUGAAUGAUAUUCCAAUAAAACUUGUUCGACCCAAAUAUACAGGAGAUGCUCGAAAACAAUUAUCUCGGUAUGCAGAGGCAGCUAAAAAAAUGAUCGAAUCUCGAAAUGCAACAUCAGAAAGUCGAAAAGUAGUGAAAUGGAAUGUAGAGGAUACAUUUCAAUGGCUAAGAAAAACAGUUGGUGCUACUUACGAUGAUUUUCAAGAUCGAUUAACGCAUUUGAAGAAACAAUGUCAACCACAUUUAACAGAAACUGUUAAAAAGUCAGUGGAAGGAAUAUGUUUGAAAAUUUAUCAUUUGUCUGUCGAAUAUUCAAAGAAAGUUAAAGAGAAAAAUAGUAUAAUGUUACGUGAAAAUGGCAUUGCAGAAUUGACACCACCAGCACCAAUAUCAAUGCGAAAAGUUUGGUGUUAUCCAAUACAAUUUGGUAUAUCAUGUCCGAGAUAUCCAGUUGUGGAUUAUAUUCCAGAACGAGAUCAAGCAAUUUUAAGAUAUCAAGGCGAUACUGUUAUUAUAAAUUCCACUCAUUUAUUAAAACUUGAGCAUCUGUAUCGAUACAGUUGUUUUGAUGACAAAAAGUUUGAAUUUUUCAUUCCACGUGUUUGGUGCUUACUAAAACGGUAUUCAACAUUUUUGGGCACGACGAGCACAAGUGCAGAAUCAAAUGACACACAGUCAUCACUUCCAGCAACAGUGUUUGAAUGUUUGAAUCGAAUGUUUGGAGUCAGUUUCGAAUGUUUUGCAUCACCAUUGAACUGCUAUUUUAAACAGUAUUGUUCUGCGUUUGCUGAUACUGAUGCAUAUUUCGGUUCCAGAGGACCAUUUUUAGAGUUAAAAGCUGUGUCAGGUUCAUUUGAAUGUAACCCACCGUACUGUGAAGAAUUGAUUGAUGCAGCUGUUAAACAUAUUGAAAGAUUACUUGCCGAUUCAAGUGAACCACUUAGUUUUAUAUUAUUCUUACGAGAAGGAGUUGAACCUUUACCACCUGUACAUUUAAAAUUAGAUAACAGUCAUUAUAAACGACGACAAGUUGUUGUACCUGCCAUGGAGCAUGAAUAUCGACACGGAUUACAGCAUGUACUAAGCAAAUCUGAGUUAAAUGUUCGAUCACCAUAUGGGACAAUGGUCAUUUGGUUACAAAAUGCAGCUGGGUAUCAACGAUGGGGACCAACAGAAGAGCGCGUGGAAGCAUUACUGGAUGCAUGGCGACCAGGUCGUGAACGUGAACGUGAUCGACAAGAAUUAUUAAGCCCGACGCCGCAUCGAGGAUCUCAAACGACAGAUGUUGUUACUGAACAAUCAUCCCCUUCAAAACAUAUAACGCCACCUAUAAAUCCUUAGUGAUAAAUUUACCCCCAAGUAUGUGAUAGUUUUAUUGAAGUAUAAUUUUUAUUAAAAAAAUGGAUGUCACAAACAUUUGCAAACU